GGUAUCCGAGGAGUGGAUGGAAUCCAAGGUUCUAAGGGAAACUUGGUGAGUAUGAUGAUUGAGACAUUCUAGAACCCUAACUGUUCAUUCUAGAACCAUGUGUUUACAUAAACUGGAAGUGUGUCAGAGCGGUAUCCAUGAUGUAAUUUCCUCUCGCUACAGGGACCUCCGGGGGAGCUGGGAGCAUCCGGGCAGCAAGGAAACCCUGGGUUCCAGGUACACACACACACACAACACACACUAGUGAUGCGCAGGUUGACUCAUAACCCACAGUCCCCGCGGUUAUAUCCGCGAGGUGGGCGGGUUUAGGUUCAUUAAAUAUUGUGUGGAUGAAGAGCGGGUGGGUGGUGGGCAGGUUGAAUAAAGAGAAAACAAUGCAUAAAAAAAUCCAUACAUUUAUAAAUCUUGUGCAAUUCAUAUCUAUAGGCUACAUUGAGGUUUUUCUUUCAUUAUUUCUCUAUCUGCCGUUAGUCCGUAGCCUGAGCAUAAGCUCUAGGGCAAAACUGUAGCGAGCCAAAUACACACCACUGAGGCAAAUAGGACAAUGAUGGAGUUGAAUUCACCUAGAGAAAAGAUGUGAAAUGGAGAGUUGAAAAUAAAUAUAAGGGAGGACCAGAACAGUAGUCUAAUGUUUUGAGAAAGAUGUGGCGAAGUGGUAAAAGAGGAUGACGGCACGUCAAGGGAACUGAUCAGACGGGUUAAACGGAAUAGUAGCCUGUCUGAAAUCUGGACACUGACUCUAGGUCUAUAACCUCUCACAUAGCCUAAUACAGUAUUAACUCCUGCAGAAUUAAGCAUUUCUUGCAGUAAAAUUAUACACCAAAUAUGUACAUUUUGACUCAGAAACAGGAGUGGAGAAAUACAAUUUAUUUCUUUCAGCAUCUUGACAGAAUGAAUGAGCGGUUAGGGACCGUUUGUAAAGGUGAUAGUGCUAUCUUUAUCAGCAUCAUAAAAGCUGAUCGUUUUUCAACCACAUAAAAUAUGCAUUCAAGCUGAACUGAAAUCUUAUCAAAAACAUGUUGGGCCUUUUUAACAGCUUUUAAUUUCCUUAAAACCGGUCAAAGUGAUUUCAUUUGGAAAUUUUGCACGGAAAACCUUUCCCGUUUUGUUUAGAGUUAUUGCAUUUUCUCCCCGGUCCCUAAAUGUCUUUGCUGUGCGAGAGAAGCAGAGAUGGAAGGGAAAGGAACAACUUACCUGCAACGAGAUUGAGCAUCAUUCUAUUGAUUUAUGACAUUCUGGUGAGUAAGUCCUCUAGGGCAAAAAGUAAUGACAGAAGAGAAGCUGCAUGUAUCUAAUUAUAGAACAAACUAAUUAUUGACUAACAAAUAGCUUACCAACAUUUCGGAAAUUAUAAGCAGAAACACAGGCCUAUCUAAAAAGGUCUGUCCAAAACCUGUUACGCCAUCUCUGACUGUACAGUGCAUUUUCUAUAUUAGCGGGUUAGGGCCGGGGUUCACGUGAUCACAUUAUGUGGGCUCUGCAGAGGGAAUUAGCAUGCGGGCGGGUGCGGGUGAACAAAGUGACCUGCGUUCACAAGUCACACCCUACAAAAACACAACCAGACACACACAACCACACACAGGACACACGACCACACACAACACACACCACAUGACCGACUCAACACACACACACACACACACAACACAAAACAACACAACACACACACACACACCCCACAACACACACACACACCCACAACACACACACAAACUCUUAACUCCUCUCUUUAUCCAGCCUGACAAUAAUGAGCGGUUAGGGACAGUUUGAAGGUGAUAUGCACUUAUCAGAUCAAAGGCAACUCUUAACUCCCUCUCUCUGUCUGUCUCUAACAGGGUUUUCCUGGUCCUCAGGGCCUGGUAGGCUUGCCAGGAGUAAAGGUAGGACUGUCCUAAACAUGUUGUCAACAUAUACUGCAGAGUAAACAUGUCAAAGUAAAGGCAGGACUGUCCUAAACAUGUUGUCAAUAUAUACUGCAGAGUAAACCAGUCAAAGUAAGGAGGCUAUGUGUCAAAAACAUGCAAACAACAGAAUAAAUAUGUCAGUAUAUCCAAAUGUAUAUACUGUGUCAACAAACAGAAAUAUAAUAUAUUGAGAACUUUCAACAACCAGGAAUAUAUGCAACAUACAGACAGUCAAAAGUUUGCACACUCUUAGACAUAUUGAACUCAAACCAGAAAAAAACUAUGAAUCAUGUAGACCAAAAAAUGUUAACAAAACAAAAGUUUUGAAUGAGUUCUCAAAUAUGCGAGCACUUGAUGGCAGCUUUCCUUGGCACCCCAACGCGUUAACUGGACUUUUCAAUCUGAAGUUCACACCAUCUCAAUUUGGCUUGAUGGUACAAGGUGGGAACUGUGGAGGCCCAGGUCAUCUGAUGCAGCACUCCAUCACUCUCCUGGUAAAAUAGCCCUUACACAGCCUGGAGGGUGUUGGGUCAUUGUCUGUUGAAAAACAAAUCAUAGUCCACUAAGCCCAAACCAGAUGGGAUGGCGUAUCGCUGCAGAAUGCUAUGGUAGCCAUGCUGGUUAAGUGUGCCUUGAAUUCUAAAUAAAUCACAGACAGUGUCACCAGCAAAGCACCCCCACACCAUAACACCUCCUCCUCCAUGCUUUACGGUGGGAACUACACAUGCGGAGAUCAUCCGUUCACCCACACUGCGUCUCACAAAGACAUGGCGGUUUAAACUAAAAAUCUCCAAUUUGGACUCCAGGCCAAAGGACACAUUUCCACCGGUCUAAUGUCCAUUGCUCAUGUUUCUUGGCCCAAGCAGGUCUCUUCUUCUUAUUGGUGUCCUUUAGUAGUGGUUUCUUUGCAACAAUUCGACCAUGAAGGCCUGAUUCACCAGUCCCCUCUGAACAGUUGAUGUUGAGAUGUGUCUGUUACUUGAACUCUGUGAAGCAUUUAUUUGGGCUGCAAUUUCUGAGGCUGGUAACUCUGAUGAACUUAUCCUCUGCAGAAGAGGUAACUCUGGGUCUUCCAUUCCUUUGGCGGUCCUCAUGAGAGCCAGUUUCAUCAUAGCGCUUGAUGGUUUUUGCGACUGCACUUGAAGAAACUUUAAUGUCUUAAAGUAGUGAUGGACUGUCAUUCUCUUUGCUUAUUUGAGCUGUUCUUGCCAUAAUAUAGACUUGGUCUUUUACCAAAUAGGGCUAUAUUCUGUAUACCCCCCCUACCUUCUCACAACACAACUGAUUGGCUCAAACGCAUUAAGAAGGAAAUAAAUUCCACAAAUUAACUUUUAAGAAGGCACACCUGUUAAUUGAAAUGCAUUCCAGGUGACUACCUCAUGAAGCUGGUUGAGAGAAUGCCAAGAGUGUGCAAAGCUGUCAUCAAGGCAAAGGGUGGCUAUUUGAAGAAUCUCAAAUAUAAAAUAUAUUUUGAUUUGUUUAACACGUUUUUGGUUACUACAUGAUUCCAUAUGUGUUAUUUCAUUUCAUAGUCUUCACCAUUAUUCUACAAUGUAAAAUGUUUUUAAAAAUAAAGAAAAACCCUUGAAUGAGUAGGUGUCCAAACUUUUGACUGGUAGUGUAUAUGAAACAUACCAACACACAGGAAUAUAUGUCAACAUAUAUGAAACAUGCUACACACAGGAAUAUAUGACAACAUAUAUGAAACAUGCUAACACACAGGAAUAUAUGUCAACAUAUAUGAAACAUACCAACACACAGGAAUAUAUGUCAACAUAUAUGAAACAUACUAACACACCGGAAUAUAUGACAACAUAUAUGAAACAUGCUAACACACAGGAAUAUAUGUCAACAUAUAUGAAACAUGCUAACACACCGGAAUAUAUGACAACAUAUCUUAAACAUGCCAACACACAGGAAUAUAUGUCAACAUAUAUGAAACAUGCUAGCACACAGGAAUAUAUGUCAACAUGUACUGUAUAUGACAUAUGCCAUAUGAUAUGAUGAGAUAUGUCAAAUUAAAGGGGUAGGUUGUGAUUAAAAUGAUCCUUGCUGUGUCUCUCAGGGGCCCCAAGGGAAGAAAGGAUUGCAGGGACUACCUGGGAAUGAUGGCCCUACCGUGAGUACUCCACACACGCUAACACACACACACACACACACACACACACACACACACACACACACACACACACACACACACACACACACACAUUCUCUCAUCCAUAUUAUCUUGUCCUCCUGUGUACAGGGUCACCCAGGGAGAGAGGGGACUCCAGGAGAGAAGGGACUACCGGUAAGUCUAUCUGUGUGUGUGUGUAUUGAGUGCCAUGCAUACAGGGACCUUUGAAAUGUUUAGAUCCUUUUUUUUGUACAUUUGAUUGGUGUAUUCAAAUAACGUAUUUAAAAUGUGUGUGUGUGUGUGUGUGUAUAUGUGUGUGUAUGUGUGUGUAAUUUUACUGACGUGUCUCUCUGUGUGUGUAGGGCCCACCAGGCGUCCAGGGGCCUAUAGGAUAUCCAGGAUCAAGAGGAGUGAAGGUACAUUCAAAUCCACGUGUUCCAUUCUGUUUGUUCUGAUUCUGAGUGAAGGUACAUUCUAAAUCUAUGUGUUCCAUUCUGUUUGUUCUGAUUCUGAGUGAAGGUACAUUCUAAAUCUAUGUGUUCCAUUCUGUUUGUUCUGAUUUUGAGUGAAGUUACAUUCUAAAUCUAUGUGUUCCAUUCUGUUUGUUCUGAUUCUCAGUCUCUGGGUUCCAUUGUAAGUGUGUAUUCUCUGUCUCUGUGUGCCACAGGGAGCGGACGGAAUUAGAGGACUGAAGGGAAGCAAAGGGGAGAAGGUGAGAGAGACACAGCUCUACCCUGAGUUAUCUCUGUGUUUUACACAGCUCUACCCUGAGUUAUCUCUGUGUUUUACACAGCUCUAGACCCUGAGUUAGCUCUGUGUUUUGACACGCUCUACCCUGAGUUAUCUCUGGGUUUUUACACAGCUCUACCCUGAGUUAUCUCUGUGUUUUACACAGCUCUACCCUGAGUUAUCUCUGUGUUUUACACAGCUCUACCCUGAGUUAUCUCUGUGUUUUACACAGCUCUACCCUGAGUUAUCUCUGUGUUUUACACAGCUCUACCCUGAGUUAUCUGUGUUUUACACAGCUCUACCCUGAGUUAUCUCUGUGUUUUACACAGCUCUACCCUGAGUUAUCUCUGUGUUUUACACACCUCUACUGUGAGUUAUCUGUGUUUUACACAACUCUAUCCUGAGUUAUCUCUGUUUUACACAACUCUAUCCUGAGUUAUCUGUGUGUUUCUGACCAUGCAGCAUGUUCUAAGUGUUCUCAUGGUCUGUGCCUCCUCUAUCCACCUAUGUUUAUCAUGUUCUCUAUCUAGAAUAUAGUCAUGUUCUAUGUUCUCCAUUGUCUUACGUCAGAUAGCGCGGCGGCCGUCUGCUCUGAUAUAACGUGUCUCGUUAGAAUGACGCCACCUGUCGGAAGACAAUAUGUGGUCUUUUUAUUUCUGUUCUAUAUUUUAUGUUCUAUAUUCUAUGUUCUAUAUUUUAUGUUCUAUAUUCUAUGUUCUAUGUUCUAUAUUAUUUGUUCUAUAUUAUAUGUUCUAUGUUCUACAUUAUAUGUUCUAUAUUCUAUGUUCUAUGUUCUAUGUUCUAUGGUCUAUAUUCUAUAUUCUAUGUUAUAUGUUCUAUGUUCUAUGUUCUAUGUUCUAUGUUCUGUACUCUAAAUUCUAUGUUCUAUAUUCUCUCUGUGUUCUGUGUUGUAGGGUGAGGAUGGGUUCCCCGGCUCUAAGGGAGAGAUGGGGGUGAAGGGUGACGGGGGUGAUAACGGGGUGCCAGGGUCCAGGGGAGAGGAUGGUCCUGAAGGACCUAAAGGACAGGCUGGACCCCUGGGGGAGGCUGGAGCGGUGGGCAUGGCUGGAGAAAAGGUAGGUGGUACACCGAUGGGGGUGUGUGUGUGGAGGUGAGAGGGGUUGUGGGGCGUGUGUGUGUGAACAUGAUUUUGAACCAAUGUUGUCUGCGCUAGCCCACUGAGCUAAAGCCUAGGCAUUACCUUGUAUCAAAAAGUUACAUGAAGUCAACAUUUACAAAAGACUCAAUCUUCUCUGCUUCUGUCCCCCCCCCCCCCCCUCUCUCUCAGGGUAAACUGGGAGUUCCAGGGCUGCCGGGGUAUCCGGGACAAAAAGGACCUAAGGUGAGAGAGGAUUAAAUAUACCAUAUAAACAAAUAUAUCAAGUAAACAAAUAAAACAUAAUAGUAAACACAGAUAACGCUAAAACAUUGUCUGAAGGCAGCAGUAACGCGUCUGUGUGUGUUAACCCCGACAGGGUUCCGAUGGUUUUCCUGGAUCUGUUGGAGUGUUGGGAGAGAAAGGGAAGAGGGUGAGUAGUAGAGGGAGGCUUUACCACAGGGUGCGUUCCUCUGGAGUGCCGGAGAGCGCUCAGAGUGCGCUCUGGGCGUUCCUAAAUUCACACCGUUAUCAGAUUGUCCGUUCGUAAAAUUCAGAGAGUUUCGCUCUCGGAGCGUUCAGAGCGCACACUGGACGCUCUGUGCCAAGGAGUAGGGUUGAUCUGAGCGUUCUGACCUCAGAACGGCAGUCAAGCACCCAAGCUAACUGGCUAACGUUGGCUGGCUUGCUAGCUAUUUCCAGACACAAAUGAGAGAACACCUCACUCUGACCAUUUUUCUCGCCCUAGCAGAGCUGGUUAGAAUGUUUUCAUGUUAUCCAGAGCGUUGGUGACUGUAACUGUGCUGCUGGCAACAAUUUAAUUACACUUGUGGGUUCGAUUCCCACGGGGGGCCAGUAUGAAAAAAAAUAUAUAUAUAUAUCCACUCACUAACUGUAUGUCGCUCUGGAUAAGAACGUCUGCUAAAUGACUAAAAUGUAAAUGUAAAUAUGGACCCUGCUGGACAUGGACACGGCAAUAGUUCUGGGAAAGUGCAUUUAUUGGGCUCCCGAGUGGCGCAGUGGUCUAAGGCACUGCAUCUCAGUGCUAGAGGUGUCACUACAGACCCCCUGGUUUGAUUCCAGGCUGUAUCACAACCGGACGUGAUUGGGAGUCCCAUAGGGCUGCGCACAAUUGGCCCAGCGUCGUCCGGGUUUGGCCGGUGUAGGCCGUCAUUGUAAAUAAGAAUUUGUUCUUAACUGACUUGAAGACUCGGUGCUUCAGAAAACACAAACAAAGUUUAUUGUCAAGUACAGUAUAUUGAAAAUAUUGAAAUGUUGUUAAAACUUCAGUGGUGUAUCCAUGGUAACGGGCUGUAUGUUGUACCCAUGGUAACGGUCUGUCCUGUUUUCUCUUCCACAGGGUCCCGGGGGGGAAGCAGGCGGUGCAGGACAGAGGGGUCCUAACGUGAGUACUGUGUGUUUGUGUACGUGUGUGUGUGUGUGUGCGUGUGUGUGUGUCUGCUUAUGUGUGUGUGUGUUUGUGUGUGUGUAUGUGUGUCUGCUUAUGCGUGUUUAUCUGUGUCUGUAAUACUGUUGUUUUUCCUCCAGGGGGUGCGUGGGGGCCGGGGUGCCAGGGGACCAACAGGGAAGACGGGGGGAAAGGUCAGAGUUCAAUCCAUUCUAAUCAUUAUGAGGUCAUCAUAAACUCUCUAUCCAGCAGUAAUAGCCAUAACACAGGAUGCAUCCCAAAUGGCACCCUAAAAGGUAGUGCACUACUUAGAGAAUAGGGUGUCAUUUGGUAAUGCUACCCUAUUCCCUUAUUCUUUUUGAGUAGUGCCCUAAAUAGAGAAUAUGAUGUCAUUUGGAGCAUAACCUCAGUCACACUGAUUAAUAUUACAGUACAGUGCAUUCCGAAAGUAUUCAGACCCCUUGACAUUUUCCACAUUUUGUUACGUUACAGCCUUAUUCUAAAAUGGAUUAAAUUGUUUUUUUCCCCCCUUCAUCAAUCUAUACACAAUACCCCAUAAUGACUAAGCAAAAACAGGUUUUUAGACAUUUUUGCUAAUUUAUUAAGAAUUAAAAACUGAAAUAUUACAUUUACAUAAGUAUUCAGACCCUUUACUCAGUACUUUGUUGAAGCACCUUUGGCAGCAAUUACAGCCUUGAGUCUUCUUGGGUAUGAUGCUACAAGCUUGGCACACCUGUAUUUGGGGAGUUUCUCCCAUUCUUCUCUGCAGAUCCUCUCAAGCUCUGUCAGGUUGGAUGGGGAGCGUUGCUGCACAGCUAUUUUCAGGUCUCUCCAGAGAUGUUCGAUCGGGUUCAAGUCCGGGCUCUGGCUGGGCCACUCAAGGACAUUCGGAGACUUGUACCGAAGCCACUCAUGUGUUGUCGGCUGUGUGCCCAGUCUGAGGUCCUGAGCUCUCUGAAGCAGGUUUUCAUCAAAGAUCUCUCUGUACUUUGCUCCGUUCAUCUUUCCCUCGAUCCUGACUAUUCCCUGCCAGUCCCUGCCACUGAAAAACAUCCCCACAGCAUGAUGCUGUCACCACCAUGCUUCACCCUAGGGAUGGUGCCAGGUUUCCUCCAGACGUGACGCUUGGCAUUCAGGCCAAAGAGUUCAAUCUUGGUUUCAUCAGACCAGAUAAUCUUGUUUCUCAUGGUCUGAGAGUCCUUUAGGUGCCUUUUGGCAAACUGUAAGCGAGUUGUCAGGUGCCUUUUACUGAGGAGUGGCUUCCGUCUGGCCACUCUACCAUAAAGGCCUGAUUGGUGGAGUGCUGCAGAGAUGGUUGUCCUUCUGGAAGGUUCUCUCAUAUCCACAGAGGAACUCUGCAGAUCUGUCAGAGUGACCAUCGGGUUCUUGGUCACCUCCCUGACCAAGGCCCUUCUCCCCCGAUUGCUCAGUUUGGCCGGGCGGCCAGCUCUAGGAAGAGUCUUGGUGGUUCCAAACUUCAAUGGAAACAGGAUGCACCUGAGCUCAAUUUCGUGUCUCAUAGCAAAGGGUUUGAAUACUUAUGUUAAUAAGGUUAUUUGAUUUUUUAGACAUUUGCAAUAAAUUCUAAAAACGUUUCACUUUGUCAUUAUGGGGUAUUGUGUGUAGAUUGAUGAGGAUUUUGUAUUUAUUUAAUCCAUUUUAGAAUAAGUCUGUAACGUAACAAAAUGUGGAAAAAGGGAAGUGGUCUGAAUACUUUCCGAAGGCACUUAAUAUACAGUAUUCUAGCCUUCCUAUUGAACUAUUGCUGUACAUAUACUAUUCUAUCCUACGUAUUCUACAUACACUAUAUAUACAAAAGUAUGUGGACACCCCUUCAAAUUAGUGGAUUCGGCUAUUUCAGCCACACCCGUUGCUGACAGCUGUAUAAAAUUGAGCACACAGCCAUGCAAUCUCCAUAGACAAACAUUGACAGUAGAAUGGCCUUACUGAAGAGCUCAGUGACUUUCAACGUGGCACCGUCAUAGGACGCCACCUUUCCAACAAGUCAGUUCAUCACAUUUCUGCCCUGCUAGAGCUGCCCCGGUCAACUGUAAGUGCUGUUAUUGUGAAGUGGAAACGUCUAGGAGCAACAACGGCUCAGCCGCGAAGUCGUAGGCCACACAAGUUCACAGAACGGGACCGCCGAGUGCUGAAGCGCGUACCGCGUAAAAAUCAUCUGUCCUCGGUUGCAACACUCACUACCGAGUUCCAAACUGCCUCUGGAAAGCAACGUCAGCACAAGAACUGCUCGUCAGGAGCUUCAUGAAAUUGGGUUUCCAUGGCCGAGCAGCCGCACACAAGCCUAAGAUCACCAAGCGCAAUGCCAAGCGUCGGCUGGAGUGGUGUAAAUCUUGCCGCCAUUGGUUCUCUGGAGUGAUGAAUCACGCUUCACCAUCUGGCAGUCCGACGGACGAAUCUGGGUUUGGCGGAUGCCAGGAGAACGCUACCUUUCCCAAUGCAUUGUGCCAACUGUAAAGUUUGAUGGAGGAGGAAUAAUGGUCUGGGGCUGUUUUUCAUGGUUUGGACUAGGCCCCUUAGUUCCAGUGAAGGGAAAUCUUAAUGCUACAGCAUACAAUGAAUGACCUUCUAGACGAUUCUGUGCUUCCAACUUUGUGGCAACAGUUUGGGGAAGGCCCUUUCCUGUUUCAACAUGACAAUGCCCCCGUGCACAAAGCGAGGACCAUACAGAAAUGGUUUGUCGAGAUCAGCGUGGAAGAACUUGACUGGCCAGCACAGAGCCCUGACCUCAACCCCCUUCGAACACCUUUGGGAUGAAUUGGAACGCCGACUGCGAGCCAGGCCUAAUCACCCAACAUCAGUGCCCAACCUCACUAAUGCUCUUGUGGCUGAAUGGAAGCAAGUCCCCGCAGCAAUGUUCCAACAUCUAGUGGAAAACCUUCCCAGAAGAGUGGAGGCUGUUCUAGCAGCAAAAGGGGGACCAACUCCAUAUUAAUGCCCAUGAUUUUGGAAUGAGAUGUUCGACAAGCAGGUGUCCACAUACGUUUGGUCAUGUAAUGUAUAUAAGACAUAUUCUUUCCAUAUACUGUCUGUACAUCUCAUCAUAUACAUAUAUAUUUAUAUUCCGGACUGUGAAAAUGCACGUCCUAAUAUUUCUAUAUUUCUUAAUUCCAUUAUUUUACUUUUUAGAUUUGCGUGUAUUGUUUUGUAUUGUUAGAUAUUAUUGCUCUGUUUGAGCCAGGAACACAAGCAUUUCGCUACACCUGUAAUAACAUUAGCUAAAUACGUCUAUGCUGCCAAUACAAUUGGAUUUGAUUUGAUUUCUAACGGUCUCUUUUCCUCAAUGUUGUCUGUCACAGGGCUCCUCUGGACAUGAUGGACCCAAUGGACCAACUGGAGACAGGGUAAGGACAGGAACAUCAUGGUUCAUUGAUUGGUUGAUUGAUUGAUUGGUUAAUUAGUUGAUUGGUUGAUUUGUUAAUUAGUACAUUUGUUGAUUUGUUGAUUGGUUGGAUAAGUGUUUGAUUGGUUGAUUUGUUAAUUGGCUAACUUGUUAAUUGCUUAAUUGGUUGAAUACGUGUUUGAUUGGUUGGAUAAGUGUUUGAUGAAUUAAUUGAUUGACUGUUUGAUUGAUUGAUUUAUGUAUUGUCCAGGGGCCUCAAGGGCCACAAGGACGGAACGGGGAAUCAGGACCCAAGGGACCCAACGUGAGUGACACACACACACACACAAAAUAGUCUGCUAUUGAGGACACUCAGUUCUGGUCUCAUUGUAGUGUAACAGGAUGUUGAGUUUUGUGACUGUGAUGUCACUUCCUGUGUGUGUGUGUGUAGGGUCCAGCAGGGAAAGAUGGACUUCCGGGUCACCCAGGUCAGAGAGGGGAGCCGGUGAGUAGAGGUUAGAGGUCACAAGAAGUUACCUAAAUACACCUAUCCAUCCACUGAUCUCUCUCUCUCUCUCUCUCUCUCUCUCUCUCUCUCUCCCUCCCUAUCUCUCCCUCUCUUGCUCUCUCUCUCUCUCUCUCCAGGGUUUCCAAGGAAAGACGGGACCCCCGGGGCCAGGAGGUGUGGUGGGGCCACAGGUGAGUCUGAUUGGUUGCUAUGUGUGUUCUCUCUAACCUGAUUGGUCUGUUUGUGUUCUCUCUAACCUGAUUGGUUGUUGCAGGGUAAAUCAGGUGAGACCGGAUCAUUGGGAGACAGAGGUCAUCCCGGGUCACCUGGCGUACCUGGAGAGCAGGGCUUACCUGGCGCCGCCGGGAAGAGGGAGCUAAGGUGAUGCUUCAUCAUCUUCCUCAUCACAAUCAUCAUCAUUAUGAAUCAUCAUUGUUUUCACCUAAUAACCACCGUUACCAGUCAUUACAAGAAUCAUCUUAACUGGUUAGUUUAAUAGACCUCAUGAGCGUUCCACCAAUCAGAGCUGUUGUUGUUGUUGUUGUUUCCAGGGCGACCCGGGUACAGGAGGGACUUCUGGGAAAGCUGGUCCUCCAGGCCUCAGGGGCUUCAGAGGCAGCAGAGGGGUCGCCGGGGGCAUGGUAACACACAGACACACAGACACAGACACAGACAGACACAGACACAGACACAGACAAAGACACACACACACACACACACACACACACACAGACACACACACACAGACACAGACAGACACAGACACACACACACAGACACAGACACAGACACACAGACACAGACAGACAGACAGACAGACAGACAGACAGACACACACACACAGACACAGACAGCCACAGACAGACACACACAGACACAGACACACACACACAGACACACACAGACAGACACAGACAGACACACACACAGACACACACACACACAGACACACAGACACACAGACACACGAGACACAGACAGACAGACACAGACACACAGACACACAGACACAGACAUACACAGACACAGACAGACACACAGACACAGACAGACACAGACAGACACACACAGACACACCACACAGACAGACACAGACAGACACACAGACACAGACAGACACAGACAGACACAGACAUGCUAACAGGCCCUGUGAUGGUGUGAUAACAGUGUGUCCUCCUCAGGGUCCUGCUGGUCUGAAAGGAGGUGAAGGACCAGUCGGAGCAGCAGGACCUAUAGUGAGUUUUCUCUCCUCUCCAUUUUCCUCACUCCUACCUCCUCACUCCCUGCCAACACAGACCCCAGACAGACAGUGUUAAGAUGUAUAAUGCACAUAUGUAUAUCCCCUCCCUCCCCCUCCCCCUCUCUCUCUCUGCAGGGGGCCGGUGGUGAGAGGGGUCCUCCAGGGUCGGCCGGUGCCAUUGGUCAGCCUGGGAGGACGGGGGCUGUGGGUGGACCUGGAGCAAUGGGCGAGAAGGGGGAACCGGUAGGUACUGUAAAGGUGUUCCACAUUCUAUGGACAUAGCUCAGAGUUCUAUGUUCCGAGUUCCAUGUUCCGAAUUCCAAAUUCCCAGUUCAAUAUUUGGAGUUCUGACUUCUAUAUUCUCUUCUGAGUUCCAUAUUCUGAGUUCUGAGUUCCGUAUUCUGAGUUCUGUGUUCCAUAUUCUGAGUUCUGUGUUCCAUAUUCUGAGUUCUGAGUUCCAUAUUCUGAGUUCUGAGUUCCAUAUUCUGAGUUCUGAGUUCCAUAUUCUGAGUUCUAAGUUCCAUAUUCUAAGUUCUGAAUUCCAUAUUCUGUGUUUCAAGUUCUGUGUUCUGAGUCCCUAUAGUUCCAGAGUUGUGUGUAGGUAAUGUGACUGUCUGUCUGUUUGUUGUGUUGUCCCAGGGAGGGGCGGGCCCUAUUGGACCAGCAGGACAGGAUGGAGACCAGGGACCUCUAGGACUACCUGGAGCUGCAGGCCCUGCAGGACCCCCAGGAGAGGAUGGGGAUAAGGUAACAUGGCCCUGUCCAUGUGUGUUGUUGUUGUUGUUGUUGUUGUUGUUGUUGUUGUUGUGUGUAUCUGAAGGUAUUUAUUGUGUGUGUGUGUGUGUGUGUGUGUGUGUGUGUGUGUGUGUGUGUGUGUGUAGGGAGAGACUGGAGGUCCAGGGCAGAAGGGCAGCAAAGGAGAUAAAGGAGAAUCAGUGAGUCUACUGAGAUAAUUACUACACCAAAACUACAACCAAUAUUACACUAAUACAGUACUACACCAAUACUGCACCAGUACUACACCAAUACUACCCUAAUACUACACCAAUAAUACACUGAUACUACACCAGUACUACCCUAAUACUAACCUAAUACUACCCUAAAACUACACUAAUACUACACUAAUACUGCACCAAUACUGCACCAAUGCUGCACCAGUACUGCACCAAUACUACACCAAUACUACACUAAUACUACACAGUGGUUAAAUACCAAAUAUUAAACCAUUUAGUCUCACGAUCCUUGUGAUAGCCUUGUGAUCUACCCAGUAACUAACUAAUAUUGUCUGUGUCUCUAUAGGGCCCCCCAGGACCAACCGGUGGCCAGGGGCCGAUGGGGCAGUCAGGAAUUCCUGUGAGUCUGUUGUACAACCACAUACCUGUAAUGUUGCUCUAGUCUAAAGUAUAUUUGAAGAUUGAAAGUAAUCCUAUCCCUCUCCUCUCCUCCCUACCCCACCUUUCUUUCUCUCUCUCUCUCUCUCUCUCUCUCUCUCUCUCUCUCUCUCUCUCUCUCUCUCUCGCGCUCUCUCUCUCUCUCUGUGUGUCUCUCUCUCGCUCUCUCUCUCUCUGUCGCUCUCCCCUCCUCCCCUUUUCCUCCCCUUCUCCACCCUCUCUCCCUCCUCCCCUCCUCUCCAUCCCCUCUUCCCUACACCCUCUCUCUCUCCUCUCCCCCCUCCCUCCUCCUCUCUCCCAGGGUGUGGAUGGGGAGUCAGGUCCCAGGGGCCAGCAGGGAAUGUACGGGACCAAGGGUGACGAGGGCCUCCGGGGCUUCAAGGGCUCCAAAGGACCCAUCGGACUACAGGUGAGACACACACACACACUGUGAGUGGCCUCAAAUGUCAGGCUUCAUAGAUUUGCAUGUGAUAUUGUCUUGGAUGGUAUUGCUGCAGUAAUUGCCAUCCUUACAACUUUCGUUUGUCAAUCAACUGUUUAUAACAAUUCUAAAUGUGAGGUUGUGUGUUUCCUAGGGGAUGCCUGGUCUACCAGGGGAGAAGGGGGAGAGCGGACACAUCGGCUUGAUGGUGAGGUCACAUCCUGUCUUUAUGACACUUCCUGUCAGCCUACUGAUUCAGAUACAUAAACUAUAUAGUAAGGUUUGGAACUAGAUAUAGUGGUGGAUGUAGACUGAUUGAACUAGAUAUAGUGGUGGAUGUAGACUGAUUGAACUAGAUAUAGUGGUGGAUGUAGACUGAUUGAACUAGAUAUAGUGGUGGAUGUAGACUGAUUGAACUAGAUAUAGUGGUGGAUGUAGACUGAUUGAACUAGAUAUAGUGGUGGAUGUAGACUGAUUGAACGAGAUAUAGUGGUGGAUGUAGACUGAUGAACUAGAUAUAGGUGGAUGUAGACUGAUUGAACGAGAUUAGUGGUGGAUGUAGACUGAUUGAACUAGAUAUAGUGGUGGAUGUAGAUGAUUGAAACUAGAUAUAGUGGUGGAUUGAUAGACUGGAUUGAACUAGAUAUAGUGAUGGAUGUAGACUGAUUGAACUAGAUAUAGUGGUGGAGUGAUGAUGACUAGAUAUAGUGGGGAUGUAGCUGAUAACUAGAUUAGUGGUAUGUAGACGAUGAACUGAUAUAGUGGGGAUGUAGACUGAUUGAACUAGAUAUAGUGGUGGAUGUAGACUGAUUGAACUAGAUAUAGUGGUGUGUAGACUAUGAACUAAAUAUUGUGAUGUAGACUGAUUGAACUAGAUAUAGUGGUGGAUGUAGACUGAUUGAACUAGAUAUGUGAGUGGUGGAUGUAGACUGGUUGAUGAAUUGAUUAGUGAUUGUGAUAUCAUUAAUUCACAUAAUGAAGCUAGAAUGAAUUUGGAUUUAUUGAUGAUCUGUUGAUUGAUUAAUAUACUCACUUUGUCUUUUCCUAUCAGGGUCGUCCAGGUCAGUUUGGUCCCAGAGGGCCACAAGGGCCUAGUGGGGGACAGGUGAGUACACACACACACACACACACACACACACACACACAGACCAGCGAGUUCACGCACACACACACACACACACACACACACACACACACACACACACACACACACACAGACCAGCGAGUUCACGCACACACACACACUCAAACACACGCGCACACACAGUGCAUUCAGAAAGUAUUCAGUCUCCUUCCCUUUUUCCACAUUCUGUUACAUUACAGCCUUAUUCUAAAAUUGAUUAAAUAAAAUAUUUUCCUCAUCAAUCUACACACAAUACCCCAUAAUGACAAAGUGAAAACAGGUUUUUAGAAAUUGUUGCACAUUUAUUAAAAUUUAAAAUAAAAACAGAAAUACCUUAUUUACAUAAGUAGUCAGACCCUUUGCUAUGAGACUCGAAAUUGAGCUCAGCUGCAUCCUGUUUCCAUUGAUCAUCCUUGAAAUGUUUCUACAACUUGAUUGGAGUCCACCUGUGGUAAAUUCAAUUGACUGGAUAUGAUUUGGAAAGGCACACACCUGUCUAUAUAAGGUCCCACAGUUGACAGUACAUGUCAGAGCAAAAACCAAGCCAUGAGGUCGAAGGAAUUGUCCGUAGAGUUCCGAGACAGGAUUGUGUCGAGGCACAGAUCUGGGGAAGGGUACCAAAAAAUGUCUGCAGCAUGGAAGGUCCCCAAGAACACAGUGGCCUCCAUCAUUCUUAAAUGGAAGUCGUUUGGGGGAGAAGGGCCUUGGUCAGGGAGGUGACCAAGAACCCGAUGGUCACUCUGACAGAGCUCCAGAGUUCCUCUGUGGAGAUGGGAGAAACUUCCAGAAGGACAACCAUCUCUGCAGCACUCCACCAAUCAGGCCUUUAUGGUAGAGUGGCCAGACGGAAGCCACUCCUCAGUAAAAGGCACCUGACAGCCCGCUUGGAGUUUGCCAAAAGGCACCUAAAGGACUGUCAGACUAUGAGAAACAAGAUUCUCUGGUCUGAUGAAACCAAGAUUGAACUCUUUGGCCUGAAUGCCAAGCGUCACGUCUGGAGGAAACCUGGCACCAUCGCUAUGGUGAAGCAUGGUGGUGGCAGCAUCACGCAGUGGGGAUGUUUUUCAGCGGCAGGGACUGGGAAACUAGUCAGGAUCGAGGCAAAGAUGAACAGAGAAAAGUAAAGAGAGAUCCUUGAUGAAAACCUGCUCCAGAGUGCUCAGGACCUCAGACUGGGGCGAAGGUUCACCUUCCAACAGGACAACGAUCCUAAGCACACAGCCAAGACAACGCAGGAGUGGCUUCGGAACAAGUCUCUGAAUGCCCUUGAGUGUCACAGCCAGAGCCCAGACUUGAACCCGAUCGAACAUCUCUGGAGAGACCUGAAAAUAGCUGUGCAGCGAUGCGCCCCAUCCAACCUGACAGAGCUUGAGAGGAUCUGCAGAGAAGAAUGGAGAAUAACUUAUGUAAGUGUGAUAUUUUAUUUUUUUUUAUUUUCUAAAAGCUGUUUUUGCUUUGUCAUUAUGGGGUAUUGUGUGUAGAUUGAUGAAGGGGGGAAAAAAAACAAUUUAAUCCAUUUUAGAUUAAGGCUGUAACGUAACAAAAUGUGGAAAAAGUCAAGGGAUCUGAAUACUUUCCGAAUGAAUACACACACACCAGCAAUUUCACACACGCACGCACACACACACACACAACCUGUCCUCUGUGUGUUGUACAGGGUGCUCUGGGCAGACCAGGUGGGAUUGGACAGCCAGGUGGAAAUGGAGAGAAGGUAAGCAGAGAGACAGUGUAGUUUACACAUGUCUUCACUGUGGAAGAGAGGGAAUAAGAGAGGAGUGUUAUGAUGUCAUCUCUCUCUCUCUUUCUCUCUCGCUCUCUCUUUCUGUCUCUCUCGCUCUCUUUCGCUCUCGUUCUCUCGCUCUUGCUCUCUCUCUUUCUAUCUCUCUCUCUUUCUGUCUCUCUCGCUCUCUUCUUCUCUCUCUCUCUCUCUCUCUUGCUCUUUCUCUUUCUCUCUUCGCCUCUCUUUUCCUCUCCUCUUCUCUCUCUCUCUCUCUCUCUCUCUCUCUCUCUCUCUCUCGCAGGGGGAGGAUGGAGAAUCAGGAGACCCAGGACCCGUUGGUGUAUCAGGAGGCAGCGUAAGUCUAUCCUCCUCAUCUUCAUCAUCUUCUUCAUCAUCAUCACCAUCAUCAUCAUCAUUAUCCUCUCAUUGGGUCAAAAACAUGAUCCUCCUAAUUGUCAUUUCAUAUAAAAAUAGAUAGUAAUUGUUGUCAAUAGCACAGAGUCCAGGAGAACACACCAUUUCUGGAAGAUAAUCGUUGCAGAUGUCCUUUGAUCUUGUUCCUUUUGGAUCAACUUCAACUCCCUACCCUCUCUUUCUCUCCUUUCCCUCUCUCUGUCCCCCACCCCUCUCUCUACCCCAGGGGGAUGCAGGUGACCAGGGGGAGAAGGGGGACUCAGGUCUGUCUGGAGCAGCUGGGACCCCAGGAGCCAGAGGCCCCCCAGGAGAGGACGGGGCCAAGGGAAACUCUGUGAGUUACACAUGAUCGCUGUACAUUCUCACGUAAUACACACUCACCCUUUCAUAAUGAUCCUAUCUCUCUUUUCUCAUCUCAUCGCUUCUCUCCCCCCCUCCUCAUCUCACCCUUUCAUAAGAUCCUAUCUCUCUUUUCUCUCUCUCUCUCCUCCCCCCCCUCCUUAUCUCACACUUUAAUAAUGAUCGUAUCUCUCCUUCUCUCCCCCCCUCUCUCACUACCCUUCAUAGAUCCUAUCUCUCCUUUUUCUCUCUUCGCUUCUCUCACCCCUCCUCUAUCUCACCCUUUCAUAAUGAUCCUAUCUACUUUCCUUUUCGCUUCUCCCCCCUCAGUCACCCUUUCAAAAACUAUCUCCUUCCCCCCAUCUAUUACCUUCAUAAUGAUCUAUCUCUCCUUUCUUCUCUCUCGCUUCUCUCCCACCCUCUCAUCUCCACCCUUUCAUAAUGAUCCUAUCUCUCUUUUCUCUCUCUCUCGCUUCUCUCCCCCCCUCCUCUAUCUCACCCUUUCAUAAUGAUCCUAUCUCUCCUUUUCUUCUCUCUCGCUUCUCCCCCCCCUCUAUCUCACCCUUUCAUAAUGAUCCUAUCUCUCCUUUUCUCUCUCUCUCUCGCUUCUCUCCCCCCCUCCUCUAUCUCUCCUCAGGGUCCGAUUGGUUUCCCAGGAGACUCCGGACAGCCAGGGGAGGCAGGACCUAACGUGAGUGUUCCGUCCUUCUCUCCACUGUUCCUUGGUUCUGAACAUAACACCUCUAUUACAGGGUCAAAAUUAAGUCUCUCACUCUCUCUCUCUCUCUCUCUCUCUCUUUCUCUCUCUCUCUCUCUCUCUCUCUCUCUCUCUCUCUCUGUCUGCUCUUUCUGUCUCUCUUUCUUACAGGGGGAGGAUGGAGGUCCUGGAUCCAAGGGAGAUGCUGGAGAUCCAGGGAAAUCAGUGAGUGUUUCAAAUGUCUGGUAUAGCUUAUCUAUAAGUCUAUCUGUGCAGAUCCAGACAUGUGUGUUACCCACACAGAUCCGUUAAAUCAGUUACAGAUGUAACCAACCACUCAUAGAGAGCAGGUGUUUGUUGGAGUCUCCUGUAACCGAUUGUCUAGACGUUCAGAAGUUGGAGAUGUUUUGUACAACUUGAGUUUCAUCGUUGUUUUCUGUAGGGUCCACCAGGAGCAUCAGGAGAACCUGGCCCCUCAGGGCCACCAGGACGCAGGGUGAGAGAGACAGAGAGUGCGCGUGUGGUGUGUGUGUGUGUGUCUGUUAGUUCAUAUGUAAUUUUCAACAUGUUUAAAUAUUCCUCUAUUUCUUGUUAGGGUCACCUGGGUAAAGAAGGGAAGCAGGGGAAAGCAGGGAUGAAAGGAGCGAAGGGGUCUCCAGGGUUGGAGGGUCUCCUGGGGAAGACAGGACCGGUGGGAGCCCAGGGACAUUCUGGUAAACCAGGUCCUAGUGGUCUCAGAGGGAUCCCUGGCCCAGCGGUGAGGACACACACACCCUGACCCCUGACCUGUCAACUCAUGACCACACAACCUCAUAAGCCGGAUGUACUAUGCUGCAAAUGCAAAAAACUGACCAACUUCAUCAAUGACAAUACAGGUAAUAUAAAAAAAAUAAAUGACUCUGUCUCUCUCUCUCUCUCUCGCUCUCAUCUCCUCUCUCUCGCUCCCUCACCGCUCUCUCUCUCCUCGCCCCUCUCUCUCUCUCCUUCGUGUGCUCUCCUCUCUUUUCUUAGUGCCUCUCUCUCGUCUCUCUCUCCUCUCUCUCCUCUCUCUCUGACUCUCUCCCUUCCUGACUUAUCUCCUCAACUCAGUCUCUCUCAGACUCUCUCUCAUCGCUCUCUCUCUCUCUCCUCUCGUCUUCGACUCCUCUCUCUCUCUCUCAUCUCCUCUCUCAGGGAGAACAAGGUUUAAAUGGACCACCAGGUGUAACAGGACCACCAGGACCCAUGGUAAAACAACAGUCUACACCUUUAUCCAUCUAUCUUUCCAUUCCUCCAUCCCUCCAUCUCUCAUCCCUCUCCAACAUCCUUCUAUCCCUCCAUCCUUCCAUUCCUCCACCUCUCCAUCCAUGUCCCUCUAUCCACAGUCUACAGCCCUAUCUCAGUCACUACUACAGACGCCUACUUCCUGUAUCAGUCACUACUACAGACGCCUACUUCCUGUAUCAGUCUCUACUACAGACGCCUACUUCCUGUAUCAGUCUCUACAACAUACGCCUACUUCCUGUAUCAGUCUCUACUACAGAUGCCUACUUCCUGUAUCAGUCUCUACAACAUACGCCUACUUCCUGUAUCAGUCUCUACUACAGACGCCUACUUCCUGUAUCAGUCACUACUACAGACGCAUACUUCCUGUAUCAGUCUCUACUACAGACGCAUACUUCCUGUAUCAGUUUCUACUAUAGAUGCAUACUUCCUGUAUCAGUCUCUACUACAGACGCCUACUUCCUGUAUCAGUCUCUACUACAGACGCAUACUUCCUGUAUCAGUCUCUACUACAGACGCAUACUUCCUGUAUCAGUCACUACUACAGACGCAUACUUCCUGUAUCAGUCUCUACUACAGACGCCUACUUCCUGUAUCAGUCACUAAUACAGACGCAUACUUCCUGUAUCUCUACAAACACAAGUUAUUGUAUAAGUUUACUAAGGGUACGUCCCAAAUGGCACCCUAUUCCCUAUAUAAUGCACUACUUUAGACCAGAGACAUUUAUGUGCCCUGGUUAAAAGUAGUGCAUUAUAUAGGGAAUAGGGUGCCAUUUGGGACGUAGCCUACGUGACCUGGCAGCUGUACUACUCUGACCUCUAGUUUGAGCUCUAGCUUGACCUCUGUCACCUUUGAUCUCUGACCCACAGGGUCCUCCAGGACUACCAGGGUUGAAGGGAGAUCCAGGCAGGAAGGGAGACAAGGUGACAACACACACACAGACCCACAGACCGCCCCAGUGGUAACUAAGUGUGUGUUGUGUGUAGGGUCAUAACACACAGACCCCCCCAGUGGUAACUAAGUGUGUGUUGUGUGUAGGGUCAUGGAGGUCUGAUCGGGCUGAUAGGUCCUCCAGGAGAGUUUGGAGAGAAAGGAGACAGAGGACUACCAGGGACCCAGGGCCUACAGGGACCCAAAGGAGACGAGGUGACACUCACACACACACACAACACACACACACACACACACACACACACACACACACACAGACAGACACACACACACUCACACACACACACACACACUCACACACACACACACUCACACUCACACACACUCACUCACACACUCACACUCACACACUCACUCACACACACUCACACACACAGACAUCAAUCCAAGGCUCUUGGUCUGAUAAAAUACUGUGUUGGCCCCGUUCAGCUAAAGCCUGGACCAUGUCUAGCAAUGUUACUGGUGGUGGGUUCCAAACCACCUGCGUUACACACACAUACAUUUGUUGUGUUGACGGUGUGUUUUGUUGUUUCAGGGUCUGGUUGGUCUAGCAGGUCCUAAUGGUCCCCCAGGUCUACCAGGUCUCUCUGUGAGUAUCGCUAUCUAUUUCUGUUAAUAUUACUAUUACUUAAUAUUACUAUUAAUUACAAUUACUAAUACUAUUACUUACUAUUACUUACUAUUUACUAUUGUUAUAACUAUGUUAUGCUUACUGAAAGGAUAUCUGUGGUUUACACUUCUUUCAUCUGUCUUUCCCCUCUAUCAUUAUCUCUUGCUGUCUCUCUCUCUCUCUCUGUUUCUGUCUCUCUCUCUCUCUCUGUUUCUGUCUCUUUCUCUCUCGCUCUCUCUCUCUCCCUCUGUUUCUGUCUCUUUCUCUCUCGCUCUCUCUCUCUCCCUCUCUCUCUCUCUCUCUCUCUCUCUCUCGCUUGCUGUCUCUCUGUCUCUCUCUGUCUCUCUCUUUCUGUCUCUCUCUCUGUCUCUGUCUCUGUGUCUCUGUCUCUGUCUCUCUCUCUGUAUCUCUCUCUCACUCUCUCUGUCUCUCUCUCUAUUUCACUCUCCCAUUCUCUUUGUCUCUGUCUCUCUCUUAGGGUGGAGUAGGGCAGAAGGGUUCUAAAGGGAACCAGGGUCCCAUCGGUGCUAUUGGAGAUACUGGUCCUGCUGGCCCUCCUGGACCUCCUGUGAGUUCCACCUAGAACCUCUGCUUAGAACCUUAGAACCUCACCUAUAACCUCCACAUAUAACCGUAGAGCCACACCUAGAACCUCAACAUAGAACCUCCACACAGAAACCUUAGAACCUCACCUAGAACCUCCAUAUUUAACCUCCACAAAGAACCUUACAAUCUCCACAUAGAACCUUAGAACCUCACAUAGAACAUCCACACAUAACCUCCAAAUAGAACCUUAGAACAUCACCUAGAACCUUCACAUAGAACCUCCAUCAGAACGUCAGAAGAUCACAUGGAACAUUCACUUAGAAGCUUAGAAGCUCAUUUAGAAAUGCCUCUUCUCCUCUCAGGGUCUUCCUGCGGUGGGUCUUCAGUCUCUCCCGGUGCAGGAGAGAGGAAGGAGGAGGAGGCAACACUCUUCUUUUGACGGGGCCGCUCUGGAAGAGGAGGAAGAGCAAGAGGGGAUGGAGGGAGGUGAGGGAGGAGAGGAGGAGAGGAUGCAGGCAGACCAGGCAGGGCAGGAAGAGGGGAAGGAGGAAGAGAAGGGGAUGGAGGAGGUGUUUGCGUCUCUUUCUUCUAUGAGGACGGAGGUAGAGGGUCUGAGGACCCCCCUGGGGACCUACCAGUACCCAGCCCGAACCUGCAAGGAGCUACAGCUGUUGUACCCAGAGUACACCGAUGGUACAUACCUCUAUCACUUUGUCUGUCUGUCUGUCUCUGUCUCUGUCUCUGUCUCUGUCUAUCACUCUAUCCCUAUAUCAACCUAUCACCUGUUGUAGCCACAGUUCACUAUGGUACCUACCUCUCAGUAUAUCUAUCUCUCUAUCUAUCACCUUGUCAGGAGGUCAGUGUGAUGCGGUAGGACGAAGUCAAGUGCAGGACGCAGAGCUAAUCGAAAACGUACUUUACUCGUAGGUAACGUAAAUAACAUAACCUCCACGCAGGGAGGAACAAACCCGCUCACCAGACGACAACCAAACAAACACGCACAAAACCCAGUGGGAGCCAGAGGGUUAAAUAGGGAAGAAAUCAAUACAUAAUGGGAACCAGGUGUGAACAAUAAAGACAAAACAAGUAGAACACAGAAAACAUAGAUCGGUAGCAGCUAGUUACUCCGCGACGACGAAUGCCGAAGCCUGCCCGGGCAAGGAGGAGGAGCAGCCUCGGCUGAAUCCGUGACAGUACCCCCCCCCCCCCACCCCUUGACGCGCGGCCCCAGCCGUGCGCCGACACCGGUCCUCGGGGACAGCCAGGAGGACGCGGCGCAGGGCGAGUCGGUGGAAAUCCCUCAACAUGGAGGGAUCGAGGAUGUCCCUCCUAGGGACCCAGCACCGUUCCUCCGGACCAUACCCCUCCCACUCCACGAGAUACUGCAGGCCCCCCCACCCGACGCCUCGAAUCCAGGAUGGAACGGACCAAGUACGCCGGUGCCCCCUCGAUGUCCAGUGGGGGCAGCGGAACCUCCCGUACCUCAGACUCCUGGAGUGGACCAGCUACCACCGGCCUGAAAAGAGACACAUGGAACGAGGGGUUAAUACGAUACUCAGGAGGAAGCUGUAACCUAUAACAAACCUCGUUCAAUCUCUUCAGGACUUUAAAUGGCCCCACAAACCGCCGACCCAGCUUCCGGCAGGGCAGGCGAAGGGGCAGGUUUCGGGUCGAAACUCUCGCCUUUUGUCGCCUGAUGGCCCGUUGCAGGCGUACAUGGGCAGCAUUCCAGGUCUCUUCCGAGCGUAGAAACCACUCCUCCACCGCAGGUGCCUCGAUCUGGCUCUGAUGCCAAGGUGCCAGGACCGGCUGAUAACCUAACACACAAUGAAAUGGAGAAAGGUUAGUGGAGGAUUGGCGGAGGGAGUUUUUUGCCAGGGGAUAAAACCCGACCACUCCCCCGGCCGGUCCUGGCAAUAGGACCGCAGAAACCUACCCACAUCCUGGUUCCACUCUCUCCACCUGCCCAUUACUCUCGGUGUGAAAACCUGAGGUCAGGCUGACCGAGAUCCCCAGACGUUCCAUGAACGCCCUCUAGAACCUUGAAGUGAACUGGGGACCCUGAUCAGAUACAAUAUCCUCAGGUACCCCGUAGUGACGGAAGACGUGUGUAAAUAGGGCCUCCGCAGUCUGUAGGGCCGUAGGGAGACCGGGCAUAGGAAUGAGACGGCAGGACUUAGAAAACCGAUCCACAACAACCAGGAUCGUGGUGUUCCCUUGUGACAGGGGAAGGUCCGUAACAAAAUCCACCGAUAGGUGGGACCACGGCCGUUGUGGAACGGGUAGGGGUUGUAAUUUCCCUCUGGGCAGGUGUCUAGGUGCCUUACACUGAGCGCACACCGAGCAGGAGGAACAUAAACCCUCACGUCCUUGGCUAAAGUGGGCCACCAGUAUUUCCCACUAAGACAGUGCACUGUCCGACCGAUGCCAGGAUGACCAGAGCAGGGUGACGUGUGAGCCCAAUAGAUCAAUCGAUCACGGACCUCUAACGGCACGUACAUUCGACCCUCUGGACACUGGGGGGGAGUGGGCUCUGUACGUAACGCCCGCUCGAUGUCCUCGUCAACCUCCCACACCACCAGUGCCACCAGACACGACGCCGAAAGUAUGGGAGUGGGCUCAAUGGACCUCUCCUCUGUGUCAUACAGUCGGGACAGGGUGUCUGCCUUAGCGUUCUGGGAACCUGGUCUCUAAGAAAGGGUGAACACAAAAUGAGUGAAAAACAUGGCCCACCUUGCCUGGCGAGGGUUCAAUCUCCUCGCCGCCCGGAUGUACUCCAGUUUGCGGUGGUCAGUCAAAAUGAGAAAAGGGUGUUUAGCCCCCUCAAGCCAAUGCCUCCACACUUUCAGAGCUUUAACCACAGCUAACAGCUCCUGGUCCCCCACAUCAUAGUUGCGCUCUGCCGGGCUGAGCUUCUUCGAAAAGAAAGCACAGGGGCAGAGUUUUGGUGGUGUACCCGAGCGCUGAGACAGUACAGCUCCUAUCCCAGCCUCGGAUGCGUCCACCUCUACUGUGAAUGCUAAGGAGGGAUCCGGAUGAGCCAGCACUGGAGCUGAGGUAAACAGGUCCUUCAGGGGACCAAACGCCCUGUCCGCCUCGGCUGACCACUGCAGUCGCACUGGUCCCCCCCUCAGCAAGGAGGUAAUGGGAGCCGCUACCUGACCAAAGCCCCGGAUAAACCUCUGGUAGUAGUUGGCAAACCCUAAGAAUCGCUGCACCUCCUUAACCGUGGUUGGAGUCUGCCAAUUACGCACGGCCGAAAUGCGGUCAAUCUCCAUCUCCACCCCUGACGCGGACAGGCGGUGCCCUAGGAAGGAGACAGACUUUUGAAAGAACAGACAUUUCUCCGCCUUAACGUACAGGUCAUGUUCCAACAGUCGACCAAGCACCUUGCGCACCAGAGACACAUGCUCGGCUCGUGUAGCGGAGUAUAUGAGAAUAUCAUCUAUAUACACCACUACACCCUGUCCAAGCAGGUCCCGGAAAAUCUCAUUUACAAAGGAUUGGAAGACUGAUGGAGCGUUCAUCAACCCGUACGGCAUGACGAGGUACUCAUAGUGCCCAGAUGUGGUACUAAAUGCUGUCUUCCACUCAUCUACCUCCCGGAUAUGCACCAGGUUGUACGCGCUCCUGAGAUCCAAUUUUGUGAAGAAGCGCGCCCCGUGCAAUGACUCUGUCAUACUAGCAAUGAGCGGUAGUGGAUAACUGUACUUGACAGUGAUCUGAUUGAGACCCCGGUAGUCAAUGCACGGGCGUAAACCUCCAUCCUUCUUCUUCACAAAAGAAAACUUGAGGGGACAGGUGAAGUGGAUGGCCGAAUGUAUCCCUGCCCCAGAGAUUCGGAGACAUAUGUUUCCAUAGCUGUCGUCUCUUCCUGUGACAGGGGAUACACGUGACUCCGGGGAAGUGCAGCGCCUACCUGGAGAUUUCUCACACAAUCCCCCUGUCGAUGGGGUGGUAAUUGAGUCGCCUUCUUUUUACAGAAGGCGAUAGCCAAAUCGGCAUAUUCGGGGGGAAUGUGCAUGGUGGAGACCUGGUUUGGACUUUCCACUGUAGUUGCCCCUAUGGAAACACCUACACACCUUCCCGAGCACUGACUUGACCAUCCCUUGAGAGCCCUCUGUUGCCAUGAAAUCGUGGGGUCAUGAGAAGUUAACCAGGGAAGCCCCAACACCACUGGAAACGCAGGAGAAUCAAUCAGAUAGAGACUAAUUUUCUCCUCAUGACCCUCCUGCGUCUUCAUCCAGAGUGGAGCUGUGACCUCCCUAAUCAGGCCUGACCCUAAAGGGCGACUAACUAAGGCAUGUACAGGGAAGGGCACAUCAACAGGAACACUAGGAAUCCCUAAACUACGGGAAAACUGACAAUCAAUAAAGUACCCAGCUGCGCCUGAAUCUACGAGCGCCUUAUACUGGGAAUGAGGGGAAAACUCUGGAAAUACGAUAUCAAUACACAUAUGCGCAACAGGGAGCUCUGGUUGAGUCGGGUGCCUACUCACCUGAGACGGUCCACCAGUGCUCUGCCUACUGCCUCGACUCCCUAAAGACCCUCCCCAGCACCGACCAGCAGUGUGUCCUCUGUGGCCACAGUUGGUGCAGGAGACGGCCCUUCUUCUGGUCUCCCUAAGCGCAGCACCUCCAAGCUCCAUAGGGGUAGGGUCAGAGGUGCUGGGGGAUGGAAUGGACGGCCCCUGAUCCAGACGUCCGAGGGUUGCCAACAGGUUAUCCAGCCUUAUCGACAUAUCCACCAGUUGGUCCAGGUUAAGGGUGGUGUCCCUGCAGGCCAGCUCCCGAUGAACGUCCUCCCGUAGGCUGCAUCGGUAGUGGUCGAUCAGGGCCCUCUCAUUCCAUCCUGCGCUGGCAGUCAGAGUCCUGAAGUCCAGUGCAAAGUCCUGUGCACUCCUCUUUGUCACACCCUGGCUCUGGGACUCUAUAUGUUGAGCCAGGGUGUGGAUAUUCUAUAGGUUGUAUUUCUGUGUUGGCCAGAGUGGUUCCCAAUCAGAGGCAACGAGUGUCAGCUGUGGCUGGUUGUCUCUGAUUGGGAGCCAUAUUUAUAGAGGCUAUUUGCCCACAAAUGUUGUGGGAUCUUGUUUCUAGUCUGUUUAUGUUAGACCGUGAACUGUCACGUAUCGUUUGUUGUUUUUGAUCGUGUCUCUAAAUAAAGAGUAUGUUUGCCUGCAACGCUGCGCCUUGGUCCUCAUCUGUUCUAGACGAUUGUGACAGAAGAUCCCACCAAGACUGGACCAAGCAGCGUGUCCAGGAGCCAUCGCCAGGGAGAUCUCUAGCAGAUCUCCUUCGCCUCCUGGACUGGGUCAGCCGGGUGAGGAAGAGAAGGGCCGGACUUGGAAGCAGAAGGGCGAAAGUCUGGCGAGGGACAUGGAGACCUGGUGCCACGGGUAGGAGAGACGCCCAGAAAUUUUUUAGGGGGGGCUAACGUUGUGGACGACGGGCCAGCAGGAGACCGCGACAGUGCGGCCCAGCGGGUUGGGCAGAGGAGGGCCGCCAGGUUACGGGGGCCACUGGUCGAAGAGGGGAUGGAAGGUGUAGAGGCACGGCGAGAGGUACUGGGGUGUGGUUACCAGUCCGGUCCGGCCCAUUCCAUAUCCCUGCGUAGGGCCAGUGGUGUGUGUCCCCAUACGGUCCGGCCUGUUCCUGCUCCCCGUACCAGGCCAAUGGUGAGAGUCUCCAGCCCUGUCCAGCCUGUUCCUGCUCCACGCACCAAGCCCUACGGUGUGCGUCGCCAGCCCGGUCCGGCCUGUCCCUGCUCCACGCACCAAGCCUACGGUGUGCGUCGCCAGCCCGGUCCGCCUGUCCCUGCUCCACGCACCAAGCCUACGGUGGUGCGUCGCCACCCGGUCCGGCCUGUCCCUGCUCCACGCACCAAGCCUACGGUGUGCGUCGUCAGCCCGGUCCGGCCUGUCCCUGCUCCUCGCACCAAGCCUACGGUGUGCGUCGCCAGCCCGGUUUCGGCCUGGUCCCUGCUCCACGCACCAAGCCCUACGGUGUGCGUCGCCAGCCCGGUCCGGCCUGUCCCUGCUCCUCGCACCCAAGCCAGGGGUGCGCAUCUGUCAGCCCGGUCCGGCCCGUUCCUACUCCUCCACGCACCAAGCCAGGGGUGCGCAUCGUCAGUCCCGGUCCGGCCCGUUCCUACUCCACGCACCCAAGCCAGGGUUGCGCAUCGUCAGCCCGGUCAGGCCCGUUCCUACUUCCUACUCCAACGCACCAAGCCAGGGGUGCGCAUCGUCAGCCCGGUCCGCCCGUUCCUACUCCCACGCACCAAGCCAGGGGUGCGCAUCGUCAGCCCGGUCCGGCCCGUUCCGGCUCCACGCACCAAGCCAGGGGUGCGUGUCGUCAGUCCAGCACAACCCGUGCCUGGGUCACCGGUGCCUGGUAAGGUACCGGUCAGCGGCUCCACACUGGAGCCAAAGCGGUCCGCUUCUACGAUGUCCGGUCCAGCUCCAGCCAGCGGGGCCAGACCGGACCAGGGGCGCCACGGGGGGAUGGUGGAAGGGUGGUGGUCAAGCCCGGAGCCGGAACCGCCUCCGAGGAGGAAUGCCCACCCAGCCCUCCCCUGGUUUGUGUACAUUUAGGCGCGGUCGCAGUCCGCGCCUUUAGGGGGGGGUACUGUCACACCCUGGCUCUGGGACUCUAUAUGUUGAGCCAGGGUGUGGAUAUUCUAUAGGUUGUAUUUCUGUGUUGGCCAGAGUGGUUCCCAAUCAGAGGCAACGAGUGUCAGCUGUGGCUGGUUGUCUCUGAUUGGGAGCCAUAUUUAUAGAGGCUAUUUGCCCACAAAUGUUGGGGAUCUUUGUUUCUAGUCUGUUUAUGUUAGACCGUGAACUGUCACGUAUCGUUUGUUGUUUUUGAUCGUGUCUCUAAAUAAAGAGUAUGUUUGCCUGCAACGCUGCGCCUUGGUCCUCAUCUGUUCUAGACGAUCGUGACACUCUUCCCCUGUCUGAGGUGGAAUAGACGUUACCCCGCCGCUCUCCCCUCCGGUGGAUGAUCGAAUACCGCCCGAAAGCGGCGGGUGAAAUCCUCAUAGCAUACUGACGCUGCGUCUAUUCCUCCCCACUCAGCGUUGGCCCACUCGAGCGCUCUCCCAGACAGACAGGAGAUGAGGGCGGACAUGCUCUCGUAUCCCGAGGGAGCCGGGUGGAUGGUAGCCAGGUAGAGCUCUACCUGGAGCAGAAAACCCUGGCACCCGGCAGCUGUCCCAUCGUAUGCCCUUGGGAGCGAGAGCCGAAUCCCACUGGACCCAGGUGACGAAGGGGUGGACAGCGGUGUGGGUGGUUGUGUAGUUGGAGGAGGUGUAGGACCACCACCUCUCUCCCAUCGCUCCAUGGUGUUCUACACAUGCUCCAUUGCGAUACCGAGAGUCUGGAUCAUGGUCGCCCGCUGUUGGACACGUUCCUCCAUUGAUCCGGACGAAAUGAAUGAACCUGCUGACUCCAUUUAUGGUGCGUGUUUCUGUCAGGAGGUCAGUGUGAUGCGGUAGGAUGAAGUCAAGCGCAGGACACAGAGCUAAUCGAAAACGUACUUUACUCGUAGGUAACGUAAAUAACAUAACCUCCACGCAGGGAGGAAAGAAACCCACUCAUCAGACGACAACCAAACAAACACGCACAAAACCCAGUGGGAGCCAGAGGGUUAAAUAGGGAAGAAAUCAAUACAUUAUGGGAACCAGGUGUGAACAAUAAAGACAAAACAAGUAGAACACAGAAACAUAGAUCGGUAGCAGCUAGUACUCCGGCGACGACGAACACCGAAGCCUGCCCGGGCAAGGAUGAGGAGCAGCCUCGGCUGAAUCCGUGACACACCUGUUGUAGCCACAGUUCACUAUGGUACCUACCUCUCAGUAUAUCUAUCUCUCUGUCUAUCACUCUACAUCAACAAUGUACAACCUAUAUAAUCAAAUUAUCAACAGAGCUUACAUACCCUCUCUCUCUCCCAUCUCUCCCAACCCCCAAUCUGUACCCCCCCCCCCCCCCCCCCCCGUAGGUGAGUACUGGAUAGACCCUAACCAGGGUUGCCAUAGAGACUCCUUUAAGGUGUUCUGUAACUUCACGGCCGAUGGAGAGACAUGUCUGUACCCUGAAAAGAAGUUCCAGUCGGUGAGUCCACACGAUCACACUCCUCUCCUAUCCUCCUUAUGAGCGAGUGACAAAUGACUGAUGUCUCUUCUACAGGUGAAGCUGGGUUCAGUAAUGUGAGAAGUGAUGAAUGUACUGUAAUGACUGAUGCCUCUUCUACAGGUGAAGCUGGGUUCAGUAAUGUGAGAAGUGAUGAAUGUACUGUAAUGACUGAUGUCUCUUCUACAGGUGAAGCUGGGUUCAGUAAUGUGAGAAGUGAUGAAUGUACUGUAAUGACUGAUGCCUCUUCUACAGGUGAAGCUGGGUUCAGUAAUGUGAGAAGUGAUGAAUGUACUGUAAUGACUGAUGUCUCUUCUACAGGUGAAGCUGAGUUCCUGGAAAGGAGAGAAACCGGGUACCUGGUACAGCCAGUUCAGGAAAGGAAAGCAGGUACACUGUGUGUGUGUGUGUGUGUGCGUGCGUGUUCCAGUUUCCUGUGAUCCUCCUCUCUCUACGAUAUAUCCCUUUUUCAUACUCAAUGCUCCCCUCCCUCCCUCCCUCCCUCCCUCCCUCCAGUUCUCCUAUUCAGGUUCAGAUGGCAGUCUGGUUCACGUAGUCCAGUUGGUGUUUCUGAAGCUGUUGAGCGCUUCAGCCAGACAGACGUUCACCUACCACUGUCAGAACUCUGCCGCCUGGCUCCACACCGCCACCUUCAGCCACCAGCAUGCACUGCGAUUCAGAGGGAGCAGCGGAGAGGAGCUCACGCACCAAGACACACACUACAUCACAGCACUGUACGACGGCUGCCAG